GCCAGCACUGACCUCUAGAUGUCAGAAGAUUGUGCCUGACGCCGUUGUCUAUCCCAACUUCCUGCAGGGCGAUGCGAGCAAGCGCACCAUGUGAACUUUGUCACAAUAUACGGCAAGCGCGCCUGUACAUAUAACCGUCAAGACAUCCCUUUAUGCUGUAGCUCUGGAAGUCCUCUACCCUUCCCGCUAUCCGUGACGCCCCUUCACCUCGAAGAUGUCCUUAGUUCCAGCAACGCUCACCCUAGACCGGCUUCCCCACAAAGAUGUCGUCCAUCUCACGGACAUUCGAGCCCGCCCACAUGUCUUCAAUAUAUGGGAACGAUACCGCCAUCGCCAAGCUCACUGGUUUGUAGAAUGUGUCGCAGAGUCUCUGGGGGUGUUCAUCUACGUGUACGCCGGUGUUGGUUCUAACCUAGGCUACGUCAUCGGGAAUAUUGUCGGCGAGCCUAUUUCGUCUGUUCUGCAGAUCGGGUUUUCGUACUCCCUUGGAAUCCUGUUUGCCCUCGUCACAUGCGCAUCUACUUCCGGUGGUCACUUCCACCCUGGCUUCACAAUUAGCCAAGUCAUAUAUCGAGGCUUUCCAGUCAAGAAGGCAUGCAGAUACAUAGUGGCCCAGAUUUUUGGUGCCUUCAUCGCUGCCCUCAUCGUCUAUGUGCAAUGGAGUGUGAACAUUAAAGCAACAGAAGCGGCACUUAUCUCUAGCGGCAAGUUCGACACUCUCAUGUUCACGCCAUCAGGCGUUGCGGGUGCCUUCGCGCUCUACGCACCGCCAGGGUCAAACCUCGGCCAGGUCCUCUUGAACGAGUUCGUUGCUGACUUCGUAAUCGGCCUUGUCAUCUGGGCUUGCUUGGACCCGACCAAUUUCCUAGUUCCACCCGCUGCCGGCCCUUGGGUCAUAGCAUUAGCAUACUCGAUGAUAAUUUGGGGCUACUCUCCUGUCGGCGUGUCGGCCAACACUGCGCGUGACCUCGGCGGUCGCUUUGCUGCCUUAGUCAUCUGGGGCACGCCCGCGGCAGGAGGUCCAUACGCUGCGAUUGCCGCGCUCACCAAUAUUCCUGCGACGCUGGUAGCUGGGGCCGUCUACGAAUUUGUCCUCACUGACUCGUCUCGAGUCAUCGCGCCAGCACAGAUGGACUACAUCAUCGGCCACCUCGCACACGCAAAGCACAGCAGCAUCGGUGCAUCCAAACCCGCGUACGAGUCCGAGCUCGAAAAGAAGUCGUCGCUCGCUCCAAGCGCAUCACCCUCGAUGUCAUACAAGACCGACCAGAAGACCAAGGUUGAAGUCGAGGAAGCAUGACACCCUUCUCUGUUUUGCUUCGAACCCUGAGAUUCAGAUUAUUGGGAUCGUUGGGAUGGUUAAAUACCCUGCUGGAUCAAAUGUGAACGUAACGGCCCCGCGAUAAUGACAUAAAUGAUGUUUCCACCUUACCAUCGAACUUAAUUAUACAUUUGCUAUUGUGUCACUGUGGCAAUUGGCUGCUGUAGUCAGUUUUGGCAUGCAUGCCUUGGGUUUGUGAGAG